AUGGUGUCUUCAGUGUUUGUCUUCAGGCUUCUGUGCCUGUUCUUGGGAAAAAUGGUUCAGAUGACAGAGUCGCAAAUGUUCUCAUCUGUUCAUCAAGAGUCUCGUUUCAUAUCAGCUCAAGUUGGUGGAAACCUGACAUUAAAAUGUUUCCAUGAUGGUGACAGGUCUGCAAGACUUUACUGGUUUAAGCAAAAUCUGGGACAAAAACCAAAGAUCAUCUCUCACUUUUUCAAAUAUAAUGUGAACAACUCUUUUAGUGAAGAGCUCAAGAACAACCCACGCUUCACACUGGAUACACAAGACGGCAAAUAUCACUUGACGAUCAAGGAUUUGCAAGUUUCAGACUCAGCUUCUUACUACUGUGUUUACUAUUUAUACACUUUAACCUUUUUAGAAAACAUCAUCAUCAGUGUAAAAGGUUCAGGUGUGAACAUCAAAGCUGUGGUCCAACAGUCAGCAUCUGAGACCAUCCAGCCAGGAGGCUCCGUGACCCUGAACUGUACAGUACACACUGGGACCUGUGAUGGAGAGCACAGUGUUUACUGGUUCAAAGACUCAGGCGAAUCCCAUCCUGGACUCAUUUACACACAUUUGGGCAGAAACGAUCAGUGUGAUAACAAACCCAGCACACAAACGCACACCUGUGUCUACAGCUUGCCAAUGAGUAACCUGAGUGUUUCUCAUGCUGGGACCUACUACUGUGCUGUUACCUCAUGUGGACACAUACUAUUUGGAAAUGGGACCAAGCUGGAGCCUAAAGGCACGUUUAAUUCUCAGGGCUUGGUGUAUUUCUUGAGCGGAGCUUUGACAUUCAGCUCCAUCCUCAGUGUUUUACUGGGAUACUUGCUGUACAAGACAAACAAAAGAAACAGACACCAAUCGACAGAAUCUCAAGCAAGAUUUUCAGGCCCCGCAACAAGUUCGGAGGGGUACCAGCAUGCUGACAGCCUUCAUUAUGCUGCUUUAAGCAUUAAAAUCCCCAAGAGAUCAAGAACACAGAGAAACAACACCGACGAUGAAUGUGUUUACUCUGCUAUAAACAAAUAA